CCACAUCUCAGCUCACCAGAGUUAGCAUCUCGUUCCAUCCCUGGCUUCCCCAGCAUGAGUCGCCAAUUCACCUACAAGUCAGGAGCUGCUUCCAAGGGGGGCUUCAGCGGCUGUUCAGCUGUGCUCUCAGGGGGAAGCUCAUCCUCCUAUCGAGCAGGGGGCAAACCGUUCAGCGGGGACUUCGGAAGCCGGAGCCUGUACAACCUGGGGGGCACCCGGAGCAUCUCUUUCAACAUGGCCAGUAGCAGUGGGCGGGCAGGGAACUACGGGUUAAGCCGAGGCCGAACCAGUGGCUUUGCUGGCAGCAUGUUUGGCAGCAUGGCCCUGGGGCCCGUGUGUCCACCUGUGUCCCCUACAGGGGGCAUCCACCAGGUCACCAUCAACAAGAGCCUCCUGGUCCCCCUCAACGUGGAGCUGGACCCUGAGAUCCAGAAAGUUCGUGCCCAGGAGUGGGAGCAGAUCAAGGCACUGAACAACAAGUUUGCCUCCUUCAUCGACAAGGUGCGGUUCCUGGAGCAGCAGAACCAGGUGCUGGAGACCAAGUGGGAGCUGCUGCAGCAGCUGGACCUGAACAACUGUAAGAACAACCUGGAGCCCAUCCUCGAGGGCUACAUCAGCACCCUGCAGAAGCAGCUGGAGGUGCUGUCCGGGGACAGGGUGAGGCUGGACUCAGAGCUGAGGAGCACGCGGGACAUGGUGGAGGACUACAAGAAGAGGUAUGAGGAGCAAAUAAAUAAGCGCACGAGUGCCGAGAAUGAAUUUGUGGUGCUUAAGAAGGACGUGGAUGCAGCUUACAUGAGCAAGGUGGAGCUGCAAGCCAAGGUAGAUGCCCUGGACGGAGAAAUCAAGUUGUUCAAGUGCCUGUACGAGGGGGAGAUUGCUCAGAUCCAGUCCCACAUCAGUGACACAUCCGUCAUCCUCUCCAUGGACAACAAUCGGAGCCUGGACCUGGACAGCAUCAUUGCGGAGGUCCAAGCCCAGUACGAGGAGAUCGCCCUCAAGAGCAAAGCCGAGGCCGAGGCCCUGUACCAGACCAAGUUCCAAGAGCUCCAGCUGGCAGCCGGCCAGCAUGGGGAUGACCUCAAACACACCAAGAACGAGAUCUCAGAGCUGACCCGGCUCAUCCAAAGGCUGCACUCGGAGAUCGAGAGUGUGAAGAAGCAGUGCUCCAAUCUGGAGACGGCCAUUGCUGAUGCCGAACAGCGGGGAGACAACGCUCUGAAGGAUGCCCGGGCCAAGCUGGACGAGCUGGAGGGUGCCCUGCACCAGGCCAAGGAGGAGCUGGCCCGGAUGCUGCGCGAGUACCAGGAGCUCAUGAGCACAAAGCUGGCCCUGGACAUCGAGAUCGCCACCUACCGCAAGCUGCUGGAGGGCGAGGAGUGCCGGAUGUCUGGAGAAUUCACCAAUUCUGUGAGCAUAUUCAUCAGCAGCUCCACAGCUGGGACCGCAGGCUCAGGAGCCAGCUUUGGGUUCAGCGGCACCGGCACCUAUGGCUACCGACCCAGCUCCGUUGGUAGGGGCUACAGCAUCCUGUCUGGGGGCUGUGUCACUGGCAGCGGGAACUGCAGCCCCCGAGGAGAGUCCAAAACUAGGCUGGGAAGUGCAAGUGAGUUCAACUUCCCACCUGGGAAGACCCCAGCUGUGAGCCUACCCACCAAGAAAACCACACGAUAACGUGAAGGACAGCCGUUCAGACGCCUUGCUCUGGUUUCUCAUGGACUCUCCCUCCAAGAAAUUCUUCUGUCGCGUUGUCAUCAUCUCCUUUUUGCUUUGCUUUGCCACUGACAUCUCCUUUCUUAUAACUCUGUGCCUUGGUCUUUCUUAAGAAUCAAGGGUUCUAGCACACCCUUCUGCCUUCACACCAAGAGAAGGAUAUACCUCUUAACCCAGGCUUGCCUUCCUGAAGCACUGCCAAGGAGAAAGACUUGGCCUUUCCUCUGGCCUGCGCACCCCCUUCAGAGGAAGGUUUUCUCUCUAGCCAUCCCAGUUCUCCUGCUGUCCCCACCAUGCCAUGGCCCAGGUAGUUAUUUGGCCCAGGUAGUGUGCUCCAUGGGUACAUGAGAUGACAGGUCCACUGACAGACCUGCAAGGACUGUCUCUUGUUAAAGCAACACCAGCUCUGGGGAAACACCAGGUUAUUGAUUGUCCCUUGCGUAAUGACUGCAGACUCUAUAGCUGAGAGUACCUCUGACGGCUGGUCCCAUCGAUGAAAGGAUUUGUGCUCACAGCAUGUGAGUUCUUGUCCUCCUUCAGGCCUUUCUUCCUACUUCCCUAUCUCACCAAUAAACUUCUACAACUCA